CUUAUUUUGUUGUAUUCCUGUCACGGACCUCCAGUCGAGUGAUGAUCUCAUAUUAUUCCCUCAGUCCCUCUUACAUCUUACAUCUUACAUCCCCAUCCCAAUAGCUUACAUUCCAUCAACACCAACCCAUCAAUAUCCAUCAGAAUGGGCGAAAUCAUCGUGAUAACCUGCCCAGGCGGCAGACAAACCUCCCAACUGAUCCCCCUCCUCUACAACAAGCCCGUCACACUCCGCCUCGCAGCACACACCCCCUCAUCCGCCUCAACCCUGCAAGCAGCAUACCCAAACGCCCAAGUCCAAGUAUGCGACACCACCUCGUUAAACGACUGCCUCCGCCUCCUCACCGACGCAACAGCAGUCUACCACGUCGGCCCCUCGCUGCACUCCCACGAAGCCGAAAUCGGCCUCAACAUGAUCGACGCCGCCGUAUACGAGUCCCAAAAGCCAGACUCCUCAUUCAAACACUUCGUCUACUCCAGCGUUCUCGGCACCCAGCACAGAAACCUCAUGCAGCACGACCUCAAGAGUAAAGUCGAGGAACGCCUACUCCUCAGUCCGCUCAACUACACCAUCCUCCAGCCAACGAAUUUCAUGGACGCUUUCCCUAUAUCGACCAUUGCGGCGAUGCAGGAUUCUGAAAUUGUGUAUCAGUGGAACCUAUUCAAUCCGCAUAUCCCGAAUAGUCUCGUCGCGCUGAAAGAUCUGGCUGAGGCUGCGGCGCGCGUGCUCAUUGAGCGGGAAGCGCAUUAUCUCGCGCAGUAUCCGCUCUGCUCGACAUUGCCAGUGGCAAAUGUCGAUGUUAUAAAGAUCAUUGCCGAGCGGCUGGGGAAGAAGAUUACUGUCCCGACGCCCUCGAUUGAAGAGGGUGUUGAGAAGGCGCUGGAGUUGUUGUAUGGCGGGAAGCAGAACGGGGUGUAUGUCGGGGAACAGGUGGAGGGGGAUUUGAGAUGGCCUGCGGCGCAGGGGGACUUGAGGCCGGAUAUUACGAGGGACGAGGCGGAGAGGCUGGUCUUGUUUUAUAGUCGGCGGGGGUUGAAGGGGAGUCCGAAUGUUCUCAGGUGGUUGCUUGGGAGGGAGCCGACGAGUGUGGAGGAGUGGAUUGAGGGAGAGUUGAAUCACACAUCCUGAAACAGAUUGUUCAAUUAUUCUAGCAUGUCAGCUUUGUUUGCUAUACAGAUUGUGGUGGGCUCUCAGUAUUCAUGCUUACUAUGGAUGUCGGAUUUAGCCCUACUACAUCAAGAUAGGUAAACGUAAGGCUAUGCAAGGAUUAAAGUACUCAAUGCGGCAAGUUCCCGAGACUAACGGGUGGCAACUCUUUACUUGCGAUAUAAGAGUUAGACGUUAGACCAUUGGUGACGACGACGUUAUUCCAACCUGGG